AUGAAUUUGCAUGCGACAAGCUCCGUGUCGAAGGACCCUCAUCCUAAUCACCCACAGGCAUCAACACAAGAUGAUCGACUCGAACAAGAGUCAGGAAACCUUGCCGAUUUGAUUAGUGGGGAGACGAUUCGGACAGAACCCAUCCAACACCAAGGAAGAAUGUGCUUCAUUGGCUCAGAGCCUUCAAACUUCAACUAUUUGGUCCGUCAAACAUCAUCUCAACCUAGUCACGAUAACGUGUUUCACUUCAGCAACCGCCAAUACCAUCUCAAAUACACCGCCCAUGACAUUGAACAUGUACCGCCCGAGGCACUGGAACGGCCAGAGAGGCAGCUCGUGGAUAAAUUAGUGCAGGCGUAUUUUGAGCACAUCAAUCGCGGCUGGCCAAUAAUCGACGAAGAAAACUUUAUGGAGCAGAUAAAUGGUAGAGAUCCACGAAAUCCGUUGUCUUUGCCCUUGUUUAAUGCCGUUCUUUUGGUUGGAGCGCAUGUUUUGUCGUUUUUGGAGGACCACGAACCAAUGAAGCAACUCCAGGCUGUGCUGUUCAAAAGGACCAAGACCCUCAUAGACUGCCGCUUCGAACAAGACAGGCUAGUAUACAUCCAAGUUGCUUUACUCUUGACGUGGUACUCAGACGGGCUAGAGGAAGUUGUCGCGAAUGCCUGGUACUGGAUUGGCACGGCAGCCCGAACAGCCAUUGGAAUGGGCAUGCACAGAGACACGUCGACAGCAAGGUUGUUAGAUGUACAGAAGCGCUCUUGGAUUCGAGUAUGGUGGGUUCUAUUUCAAUUCGAUACGCUUAUUUCGUUAUCAUACGGACGUCCACAAGCCCUAAACCUUGACGAUUGCGAUGUUCCCGAUCUUAGAUACGCAAAUUUCGAGGGAAUCAAUGAGCCUGAAUCAGAUUUUGUUAUUCAGCACACCCGCCUUUGUAUCAUUAUAUCUCGCACACUGCGACAGCGAUGGGCACUACGAGCGACGGCCGAGCAGAGGGUAAAGGCAACAGAAUGGGCGGAUCAGUCCCUUGCGAACUUUACAUCAGAGCUGCCUUCUCACCUGCAUCUGUCAAUGGCCAAUGUCGGAACAUGGCAUUCUAUUCUUCAUCUGACAUACAACAAUUUCGUUCUUCUACUCCAUCGGCCUCCACCAAAGCGUCAAGCCGAUGAUAAUAUAUCCCGGGGAGCAACAAACCACGAGGUGUGUGCAGAGGCGAAUAUGGUUCUGGUUUCGCUACUGGAACUCCUGACAAGUACUCAUCGCCUCUACACCUUGUCAUUAUUUGAUGUGCAAGCCAUAUUCACAGCUAUAGUUUCCAUCAACAGCGAACUCAACACAAGCAACCCUCUGGUCGCGGCCAAGUCGUUGCGAAAACUGAAAACAAUAUCAACAGCAUUGAGCGAGUUGGCACGGAACUGGAGCUUCGCCAGAGGUCUUUUACGAAUAUUCAAUACCAAGGGAGAGCUGACACUGAGUAAAGGCGGCAGAGAGGCCGCGUCAAAUUUGGUGCACUACGGCCCAGCGAGUGACCAUUUGAGCAACGACCGUCCAGAUGGCGUUCCGGGCCACGACGUCGCAUCGACAUCGACGACGAUGAGAAAUGAAGAGGUUUCCGCGAAUCGGCUUGGAUACUCAACCAUUACCCCGUCAGAAACAGCGCACAACUCGCCGCAAAGCCUCAUGGGGGACGCUCAGAUCUCAACAGGCAAUAUUCUAGACGAUUUUGUGUUUCCUGGCUCUUUUGAGUUGGAAGAGUUUUGGCUUGGCGUAGAUAGUGACACUGGGCACAUCUGA